AUGAUCCAUCAGACUCGAGAGAAUCGACACCUUACGAGCCUCGCAACCUUAGCUAAGGCACUUCCUCUGCGCAAUCCACCACCCACGCCCAGUCUCCCGAGCACCAUCAACGACGGAGUACGCAGUAAAGCCAGAGUGCUCAAUGUCCGUACUGCUCACCCUAAUUACCUGCCUAGCUCUCCGUCAAUCUCUCUCAACCUGUCCGUGGGGUGUCCGCACCAAACCUUACAUCGAGCCUACAAUCACGGCCAUGCUCUCCCAGACCACACGACGAUGACGCCUUCCUCACCCACUCCCUUCCCACGCCCAUCCGCGAAAUGCUUCGUACCCCCUACACCACCAAUUCUCCUCCUUACGCCAAACACCACACCAGCACCAGCACCAGCACCAGGCACACCCACCACCACAACCACCACACUUUGCAUCACAGACGCUACCCACACGGGCCACACCUGGCACAUCUCCUACGCCGUCAGGACCGCGCUGUCCAGCCUUGGCCAAUUCUGGCACUCUGCUUCACAACCGCAUUUCCUACUUGCAGCACUAUGCCAUCCUGACCACGCGCUGCUGCGAGGAUUGCCUCUAAAGUGCGUCGUUUCAUGUAAAAGGGUGCUAUUGACGACCAGACGCCAUCUACGAUGCCUGAACCGCACCGCACCGCACAAUACACCUCGUCUAGACGGGGUUCGCGGCCACUCGAGUAGAAAGGCGAGUCUGCCGAUGCGAGGGGUUACCGAGACUGACGAGAGACGAAACCGACCAAGCCGCCCUACCCACGGCCACGGUUAUGGCCCUCGCGAUAGUCUCGUCGCUGUGGAUUGGAGGGAGGAACGAGUGCUGAUGCCGCUCACGACCCAUCACUCCUGGUGGCCGGCAUCUUACUGUGCCCUCCACAACUCUGCCAGACAUCAUGACUUCGCCAAACACCCCACACCUCUCGUCAAGCUAUCGCUCUCGCAGUCGACCGGGGGGUUGGUCACACCCACGAUCACAGCAGCAAACUCCACACCACCAGAUGAGGCGGUGGCAGGGGUCGACUUUGCUGUCCAAAGGGACGACAUCUUGGGGUUCCUCGGCAGCCAAGGAAAAGCGUUCCUCAGCCCAAGGGCAGCGACAAGAACGCAAGCGUCUGCGUCUACAUCCGCCUCCACCGUCUUCGUGAUUGGAGGCAUCUUUCCAUCUUUUGGUAGACCUCCCGUCUGCGUUAGGAACCCUACUCCUGCCCGCAUGAAAACGUCCUCUUCGAUUUUCUCAUGGGACCCGACGGAUGCUCUCGCUCCCGCCGCUGGAACUGAAAGGGAGCAAGUCAAUUCGAUCCCGAGAAAAGGGAGAAACAUUUCCAAUGUUUCGGGCUCACGGCGGAACAUGUCUUGGCUCCUCGCUCUCCGGCUACAGGCUGUGCAGGGCAAGGACGGGCCAUCAUCGAUGUGCAGGCAACCCCCUCCGCCCUUGGCAAUCCAUGAUACCGCACAUCUGCAUGUACGCGAGUGUGCCAGAAAAAAGAAGCAUCACGAACCCGUGGUCCAAACAGCUCAAGACCCUUGCGGCCUGGCCUGCCCAGCCUCCAGGGCCAUGGUCUGCGGACAGACCGAGCUUUUCUGGGGGAGAAUGCCAUUUGCUUUAAAUGAGGCCGACGACGACAACGAGAUACCGUAUCGGGCGCAAUCAAGAUGCAAUCUGUCUGUUAACAUGAAGGGGCCAGGUGGAGGGCCGCAAGUGCGAUUUCGCAAUGGCCCGGCCGAUGUCUUCCGGGAAUGGCACGCAGAAGCCAAGAUUGACCGACAGCAACAACGUUAUUGUUUGUCCGGCGCGCAGGCUAUCAGAAGACGCACGCUUUACCGCCUCCGCGCCAUCAUGUGGCCGUGGAACAAUAUCAAGAUGCUUCAAUGGUGUGGAACUCUGAGAGCACGCAGCAUGUGUGCGCUUCGCCCUCCAGAGGUUCGCCGUAGACAUUCGAUACCCUGGCCCGCGAUCUGGACUGGUACCUGCUGCACCGUGCCGCGCGAUAUCGAUGCAAGCACAGAGCGUUGCAUCGUCAAAGUGACACCACGUUGGGUCGGCAGAUUCCCUACGGGUCGCACGAAUCACAUCACCGACAUUUUGUCUCGUCUCUCUGCCGCCUGGCCAUCGCAAGCAACUCAGUUCGCCCCAACCGUCUCGCCUUUCUCUCUCUGUGCCGCUGAGGGGAAUGCCAAUGAUGAGAGUGUCUGCGCCAGUAGGUUAAGCGUGCAGCGCCAUGCGAUAAAUGUUUCCUCAAAAAGAGCAAGGCUCGCCCUUGCAGCAGAAGAGCACGCGAGAGAAGAGAUGUUUCUUCGCGCCCUGCAGCUGCCUUGCCCCUGUUUCGUCGCCAGCUUGCCGAAUUCCAGCAACGAGGGGUUGAAUCUUGAGCUCUUUGGGCCAGUCACGGCCCUUGGAACGGGCAACCCCCUGCCGCUGGGAGACGGUCAUUCGCUCACCAGGUUGGGUCUCCAUCGGGGACGAGACAAGCUUAUCAGCGUUUUUUACAAGGGCCCUGACCCAAACGCUCCUGACGGCUCAAGUGCUUCAUUAUGCCAAAGCAAAGCCCUGCAACCGAAUGGCGAUUCGUUUCGGGACGACUGCAAGCGCAGAGUGUUUCUGGCGACUGGCAAUGCUCAACGUUUUCCGGACGACGAUCGGGGUCAUUCUCCCGUACCACAGCCGUCGAGAUACAAGGCCGUACCGCGUCCGUCUCUGGCCGGAAGCAACGCACACAGUGCUCAUCGCUGGUGCUCGGCGGGCAACGGGCCAUCAGCAAUCAUGAUUCGGAAUGAGAAGAGGGUCCCUUUUCUCUCUCACAGAUUUACUGCGUACGGCGCGGCGCAUUUUGGCCCAUUCAUCGGCCCAUGUGCUAUCGGCUGCCAGGCCAAGACCAGACUGACGCCGGCAGACGAUAAUUUGACCAGGGCGUCCUCAGUGGGGACCUCGAAAGAUGCGAUGGAUUCCAACACGAUGGAUGCAUAUUCAACGCCCAACGGACCAACUCCGAGCCUGAACCCGGUGGUUUUGCGGACUGACGGGCUCGCUUCCUCGCCACAAUUGACCCGGAAUCUCUAUUAUUCCGGCAGUUUCUUAGGAAGUCGCAGCCUCCUCUGCUGCACCUUCCACUGCUACACCUUCCUCUUCUACAGCGCGCUUUUCAGAAUCAAAACCACGACUUCAAAAGCUAGAAGAGGGCCCGCCGGGUUUUCAGACCGACUGUCUCGCGUACGAAAUAUCCACGACUACCCAGUAAACUCCGUGGACCGUACCCGCAGAACAGGCUCGCCAGGUUGCACCCUCAGUCUCCCACUCCCUCACAAUGAGACUAGUCAACCUCUCAGUUCUAGCGCACCCACUAGAAGUGGCUCUGGUGGACAUGUCGCGGCCGAGUUAACCACACCUUCUUGGCCUCCCAUCCCCACAAUUGCAUUUCCACUGGUAAUCACGGAUCACCGCCUGGCACUUGAACAGAGUCAACGUUUUUCAACGGGCCACUCAGCGGUCAGAAUCGCGGCAGCCUCAGAAUUCCAGCCACAAAAACGACAAGCACGCCAACCUCUAUGCGAGAUGAUGCUAGCCCACAUACGGCAAGGUACUAACCGGUCCAACUUUCUAAAAUUGUAUCACGGCCCUCUUUCACAUUUUUCCCUCUUCCCUGCUGCUGCGAAGGAAUGGCGAGAGAAAGAUGGGAAGAAGUGA